AUGGACAAAAGACAUCCCCAAGCAUUUUGGGAGAUGGUUAGUCUUCCUUCUGCCAUGUGGAUACCAGGUAGAGGAACAAGAAAUGAGCAGACAGUGGUCAUGAGAACCAAGAAAUAUCAGGAUUUUGUGAGCGAACCUAUGGGUGACAAACCUAUUACUGCAGUGGAUGGUAUUGAUGACGAACUCGGAGCAAAGCUAGCUGCAAAGGGCUUUGACAAGGCAUACAUCCUUUUAGGACAGUUUCUGCUCCUGAAGAAGGAAUGUGCUGCAUUUCAAAGCUGGCUGAAGUCAUCCUUUGAUGCCAAUAGUAGCCAGGCGGAGCAGUGCGCUUUGUGCCUCUUGGAGUGGUCCUAUGCCUUCUUAUGAAGCGUAGUCAUAUCCUUCUCCUCCCAAAAACAAGGACCCCCAGUUCCCACUGCCAUGGCCUGAAAUAAAGUGGCCCGCAAUGGAUUCUAGCACUGUAAAGUGAUUAAAUGUCAUGCUAGCUAAAAAGGUAUACGAUUGCACGUACUUUGCAUAACAUGUAUGAAAAGUUUACAAAUUUU